UUGCUCACUGUACGUGGGACGCAGCCUUCAGAUAAGCUGAAACCACACUGAGUGUCAGUAACGGCAGGACAGACCUACACCCCCCAGUCUUUCUAGCCGCAGUGAACCGACGCAAUGCCUCUGCCCACCGUUUGCCGGCUGUUCAGGAGCGCACUGAGGACUCAGCUGGUCCCUGUGGCUCAUGUGACGACAAAACCUGCCAAACACACUAUAACUGCAGGGGAGCAGGCGAUCGCUAUGACCACCCUGUUUGCGACCAUCUUAGGUCCCUCUGGCUGGAUACUGGCUCACCUGGAGGACUACAAGAAAAAGGAGUAGAAGAAGAGGAAGGACGGGAGAGGGUAUCGGGUAGUUUAGGGCACCUGCUCACAUGAAAACCAGUCAGCUCACUGUUUCUCCAUGUCUCUCAUUCUUCCUGAUCCUUCCCCAGCUGAUGGGAUGACAUGCUGAUCUUCUCUUUCCAAGUUCCUGCACUGACCUGAGAUAAUACGUCCGCCCGUGCACAUACAAACUCUUAUCAAUAAAUACAUGUUCAGUCUACA